AUGCCUUCCUACGCCGUCACCGGCACCUCGCGGGGCCUGGGUCUCGAGUUCGUAAAGCAGCUCUCCCAAAACGCCAACAACACCGUCUUCGCCAUCGUCCGCAACCCCGACUCGGCAACCAACCUCCAAACACUUGCGAAGCAACGCCCCAACGUCCACAUCGUCAAGGCCGACAUCACCGACCCGCAGUCUCUCGUCUCCGCGGCAGCCGAGAUCUCCAAAGAAACCAACGGCAUCCUCGACGUGCUUAUCAACAACGCCGUCUCCACCAACCCGGCCGCGGGGGCAGUGCCGCCCUCGCAGAUCCCGCUCGACGUGGCGGCCACGCGCGACUUCUUCAAAGCAGCGUACGAGUCAUCCCUUUACGGCGCCAUCUGGACGACCAACGCCUUUCUCCCGAUGAUCGAGAGCGGGAAGGAAAAAAAGAUCAUCCACAUCUCCACCGGCAUCGCCGACGCGCGUGUGAUCAAGGGCACUGGCGUUACUGCCGCGGUGGACUACGCGGUUGCCAAGGGUGCGGUGAAUAUCCUUGUCGCCAAGUAUGCCGCCGAGCUGGAGCCCAAGGGCAUCAAGGUUGUUGCGCUUUCGCCCGGGUGGGUUGACACCUACGCGGGGCCGACACCGAAACCGGCCGAAAUUCUAGGUGUUGAGGCAUACGUUCUUCAGAGCUUCCAGAAGAUCUGGCCGAACCUCAAGGGGCAGAUCCAGCCGGAAGAAAGCAUCAAGAUGGUCCUGAACGUCAUUGAGAAUCUGACCACCGAGCAGUCCGGACUGAUGAUCAGCCACCAUGGGAAUGAGGAGUGGAUCUAG